AUGGAGGAGUUCUUUGCCCAGCGUGACGAGGAAGGCAUCCUGAAGUCCCGCGAUUACUUCAACACUCUCAUCAAAGAAGAAAUAGACAAGGGAAUCAAACCCUCUCGCAUCGUAUUCGGUGGGUUCUCUCAGGGCGGAGCUAUGGCGCUGGUCACCGGCUUCGCUUCCCCUGUAAAGCUAGGUGGUAUCUUUGGCUUGUCAUGCUACCUUCCUUUGUCUUCUGAACAGCUCAAGAAGCAUAUCCCAGAGGGUUGGCCGAAUCAGAAGACACCCCUUUUUAUGGGCCAUGGAGAUAUCGAUCAGGUGGUUAAGCACCAGUAUGGAGAGAAAACUGCCUCCAUCCUGAAGGAUAUGGGCGUCGACGUCGACUUUAAAACUUAUCACGGACUGGGCCAUUCCGGCGAUCCAGAUGAGAUUCAGGACCUCGAGAAAUUCCUUGACCGCAUCAUCCCGGCUGAGGGAACUGCGGCCUCUUCUGAGUUAUGA